AUGAAGAAAUCUUUCAAAGUCCUCAUCUGCGGCGGCGGCGUGUCCGGCCUAAGCCUUGCCCUGAUGCUUGAGAGGCUCGAGAUCGACUACCUGGUGCUCGAGGCGAUCCUCGAUCAACUUGGGGUGUACGAUUCAUUCAAGGAACAGUACGACCAGGGACCGGUCUCGGAUGCCAAGUUCUUUUCGCCUGAGGGGCAAGUGCUUGGGACUGUUGAAAUGAAUGAUCUACUUCGCUGCUUCUUCGUCAGGAUCGGAUAUCCGAUGAUCUUCCUCUCGCGGCGCUCUUGUAUGGAGACCUUGUACAAGCACAUCAAACACAAGGACAGGAUCCUGGUGAAUAAACGCGUUGCCAAGAUUGUCAGAGCUACUUCCAUGGUAGAGGUCAUGACCGAGGACGGGACCGUCUAUAGUGGAGACGUCCUGGCCGGAGGUGAUGGCAUCCACAGCGCCGUGAGGAAGGAGAUGUGGCGGCUGGGUGCAGAACUGAAACCGGGGUACUUUCCUGAGGACGAGUGGUCAUCCGUGCCAUGUUUCCAGACGGCCAUCUUCGGCAUCAGUACCCCGCCGCCCAAAGUCAAGGUGCACGCAGGAAUGAUGACUUACAACAACGGGUUCAUUCUCUCCGUCCUUCCCGGAGUCGACAACCGGCUGUAUUGGUUCUUCUUCUUGAACCUAGAACAGCCGGCUUACGGAAAGGACGCCCCCCGGUUCACCAAAGACGAUGAGGCUCGCGUCGUUAGGGAACAUUCCGACGAACCGGUGAUGCCGGGUCUGAAUCUAGGUGAUCUGUACUGCAGGUCCGAAGUCACAGUCGUGACAGCUCUGCAGGAUCACGUAUUCAAGAAGUGGCAUGUCCAGAGGAUCAUCACGUUCGGCGACGCGGCACACAAGUUCAACCCAGAGACGGGCCAAGGCGCAAACUCGGCCAUCGAAACAGCUGCUUCGAUCGCAAAUGAGCUGUCCCGGUUGCCCUCUAGGCCGCUCAAGGUUGCGAUUUCGAAAACGGUGACGGCUUCGACGGCUCUCUUGCUGGCCACAAUGGUGCUCCAUUUGACUCGAGUCAAGGGAUGGGGAACAUGGCCCGGACCGACAGCCAUUAUUCCGUCUUCUUGGGUUUCCGAGGCAGUGGGCUCUGAUUCGACAAUGGCAUUGAUCUACCAUGUCUUGGUCUACGGGGCCAUUUUCUUCACGUGGACUCUGGACGGCCAACGUCUUGGCAACGGAAGCAGCAUAUCUCGCUGGUAA